UCAGUCACUCACCCAGAGGGGAGCCCAGUCCUGCCACUGCCAGUGGAGCACAAGCCAUGGACAUUGAGAAGGUCAACUCCAUGGACUUUGGAGAAUUUAUGGAUGUGUUUGGAAAUGUCAUCGAGAGAUGUCCUCUGAUUGCAGCCGCGGUUUGGUCCAAACGCCCAUUCUCUGACUUGGGAGAUUUAGAGAAGCACUUUUUUGCCUUUAUUGAUGGUCUUCCACUGUCAGGCCAGGAGGGCGUCCUGCGCUGCCACCCGGAGCUGGCGGGCCGCGAGCUGCAGUGGGGCCGGCUCACCGCCGAGUCGCAGCGGGAGCAGAGCGCCGCGGGCCUGCAGAACCUGGGCGCGGCCGAGCGGCUCCGGCUCAGCGAGCUCACCGCGCAGUACCGCGCGCGCUUCGGCUUCCCCUUCGUGCUCGCCGUGCGCCUCAGCGACCCGGCGGCGGCGCCCCGCGAGCUGGCGCGACGGCUGCGGUGCCCACCAGCGCAGGAGCUGCGCACCGCCUUGGGCGAGGUGAAGAAGAUCUGCCACCUGCGUCUCGCCGACUUGCUCGGGGAGCAGCCGUAGUGGCCGCGCCAGCCGGGGACCCCCGGGACGCACGUUGGGACGCGCGCCAGGGCCGCGGGCGCGCGCGAUGCUCUUGGAACGGAGUCCACCCCCGCGCACGGAGGCCGGGGCGAAUCAAGACAGUCGCACGACUAACGAACCCUUCUGUCCCCCUCCCCACACGCGCACCCUUUGCCAAAAUAUCUGUUGAUAGUUUUGGGCUUUGCCACCGAUAUAUCCAGCUUACUGCUCCAACUCUUCACUCCCAUUGCGGCCCGUUGACACCACCAGCCCAUGCGGAUUCCAAAGCGCUUAUCCAGCUCGUUUUGGCUCCGCACCCUCUCCUGUUAUACUCCCAGCUGCAAAACAAAACGGACAGAAAAGGAAUCUUUUAUUCUCCA